GGAACGUUGCUAGAGGUUGACGGAUCUCGUCGUUUGCUCCUCAACAAAUAACAGCUUUGACCACUGCUAUGUCUAAACUGGGGCAGAUCAUCUUCAGGAGUGAGGAGCCGUUGAAACCCAGCGAGGUGUCAAUCACCUGGGAGAAGGAGGGGCUAAGCGGAGUGGUUUACAAGUAUCGUGAUGGAUUCGCCGAUCUCGACGGCCAGAGCCGUCUGUUCCAGGGGAGGACACAGCUGUUCACCGAGGCUAUCGCCAGCGGAAAUGCCUCUCUAUUGCUGAGGAGCGUCAGGACUCUCGACAGUGGCACCUACAGUUGCACAGUUCAGGCCCCUAACGGAGGGGGAUCUGUCACCAUUCACCUCAAAACGGCAGCCUUCUCAGCUCCUGUAUUCACAAACAAGGAGGACAUUUUGACAGCCGAGGCACCAAGAUGGUUCCCGAAACCAGAUGUGAUGUGGCAUGACCAUAACGGGAACAUCAUGAACGCAAGCACUAAUUUUUCCCGGAACUCUGCAGGGAUAUUCUAUGUAGUUAGUGCCGUGCAAUCAGUCACCAUUCCCAAUUCCUAUUCCUGCACCAUCAGAAACAAUUUGGUGGUCGCUGUCGCUGAUGCAACCAUAACAGAGUCUGGAGUUUCUGGUAGGACUUUCUUCACCUUCAGUGCUGCACCAGUCAUCCUGACAUUUACACAUCUGAAGAUGAUGACCACUGUCCUGCUCGCUAUCUAUUAUAUGAUCUGAAGUAAUAC